AUGGCACCCACGAAGAAGAAUGGCGGCGGCAACAAGUACUCGGUCAUCCUGCCCACAUACAACGAGCGCCGCAACCUGCCCAUCAUGGCAUGGCUGCUGAACCGCACCUUCACAGAGGCCAAGCUCGACUGGGAACUCAUCAUUGUCGACGAUGGCUCGCCCGACGGUACCCAAGAAGUCGCCAACCAGCUCGUGAAAGCCUACUCACCACACAUCGUCCUUAAGCCCCGCGCAGGCAAGCUCGGUCUCGGCACCGCCUACGUCCACGGCCUGCAGUUUGCCACUGGCAACUUUGUCAUCAUCAUGGACGCCGACUUUAGCCACCACCCCAAGUUCAUCCCGCAGAUGGUCGCCCGCCAAAAGGCCGGCGACUUUGACAUUGUCACCGGCACGCGAUACGCCGGCGACGGCGGCGUCUACGGCUGGGACCUCAAGAGGAAGUUUGUCUCGCGGGGCGCGAACCUGUUCGCCGACACGGUGCUGCGGCCGGGUGUGAGCGACGUCACGGGCAGCUUCCGGCUGUACAAGAAGGCUGUGCUGCAAAAGGUCAUUAUGAGCACGGAGAGCAAGGGCUACACAUUCCAGAUGGAGAUGAUUGUGCGCGCCAAGGCCAUGGGGUGCACCGUGUCCGAGGUGCCCAUCUCAUUUGUGGACAGGUUGUACGGAGAGAGCAAGCUGGGAGGCGACGAGAUUGUCGAGUACGCCAAGGGUGUGCUGAACCUCUGGCUCAAGGUAUGA